AUGGUAGCAUUCUCUAAGACGGGAAAAUUGGUGAUGAUUUUGGAUCCUACCGUGAGUGAAAAGUUUCGCGAGAGUUUCGGGCCGAGAGAGUUCCACGUGAGAGGCCUUUGGUGCGGAGCUCGCGGAACGAUACCAGACUCAACAAGGAGCUUCAUGGAGGGCCUUGGAGCUGGUGCCUACGACAGUGUUCGACCGCUGGCCUAUCAAGAUGCUCAUGUCUUUUUGUUAUGUUUCUCUGUGGCCGACCCAGAUUCUCUCGACAAUACAGUCAACAAGUGGUAUCGGGAAGUGAAAGUCCAUUGUGAUUGGGAUGCAGCUGUGAUCCUCUGUGGAUGCCAGGUGGACUUGAGGACAGAUAAAGAACACUUAGCACAGAUGUCAUUGCUGUUCAAAUCCCCAGUAACAACAGAACAGACUUCUGCCAAAUGGUCCGGCAAAGCAGUUUGUGAUGCGUUUGAAAUUGCUGCUUUAGCCGCUUUGGGUCGCUUGAACAAAUAUACAUUCCUCGCAGGAGAAAAAUUGAGGCCUGCUCCCCGCUCGAAGAGUAAGGCCGACCUCAAAGAUAGAGCUCGGUCCUGUUCCGUCAUGUGA